CGCAGAUACCAGUCGUGCGAAAGUGCAUUUUCGAAAAGCCACCAUGCCCAAGUCCCGCCGUGUCCGAACGAAGCCGCUUACGCAGACGAGCAAGAAGGGCGCGGACCUCAAGAAGGGCGUCGUCGACUCGAUCCGGUCGGCUGUCGAUGACUACAGCGCCAUCUACGUCUUCUCGUUCGAGAACAUGCGCACGAACCACUUCAAGGUCGUGCGCGCUGACUUUGCCGACAGCCGCUUCUUCCUUGGCAAGAACAAGGUCAUGAAGGUCGCGCUCGGCCGAUCGCCGGAAGAGGAGUACGCCGAGAACCUCUUCAAGCUCUCGAACGACAUCUCGGGCAGCGUCGGUCUCCUCAUGACCAACAAGGGCGACGAUGAAGUCCGCGAGUACUUUGCCAAGCUCAGCGUCGAGGACUACGCCAAGUCGGGCUUUGUCGCGACCGAGACGGUCACGAUCCCUGCGGGCCCGCUCCCGCAGUUUGUCGGCUCGAUGGUCGAGUCGCUUCGCGCGCUCGGCCUCCCGGUCGACCUCAAGCGCAGUGUCAUCACGCUCAACAACGCGCACACGAUCUGCAAAGAAGGCCAGACGCUCACGCCCGAGCAGGCCAAGCUCCUCGUCCAUUUUGACAAGAAGAUGGCCACCUUCAACGUGCAGAUGCUCUCGCGGUGGUCCAAGGACGGCCAGUACACGCGCAUCUCUGAGCGCAAGACCAAGGCGUCGGCCAACGACGACGACGAAGACGCCAACAUGUCGGACUAAUCUCUCUACUGUAACUUUUUAUAGACAAAUCUACAUCUGAACUAUCU